GAGGUGUCUCCUGGUGCGACUUUAGAACAACAUAACACAAUCUCACUCCUUACCACACUAAUUCGCGCUUACUUUCAGAACAAACCUGUCUAAAGCCUACGCUCCUUAUUACACUCUAAUCUAUGAUACUUUUAGUCUAGGAUCCUGAGAUUGGCGCAUAUUCCGCAGUCUGUCCAAGCGCUCUAUAUCCUCGGCAUCAGAUCACGAGACUAGUCACAAACGGCGAUAUCAAACAGACAACGAAAAUAUCAAUCGACUGUACCAGGACCAACAGGAACAUUAGGACCAUCCCUCACUAUCGGCCUUAUCUGAGCGUCAAACGCGGUCGCAGUCAUGCAGCCUCGCACAGCCCUCUCCCUCCUCCUCUCCAUUACCCUCAUCUUCACAAUCUACACCCUCUACUCCCACUCAGACGCCUACUCCGCCCUCCCAGCCGAAUCCCCGCGCUCAUUUGAAUCUCUUUCCUCCCUCUCUUUCACGCUCGAGCAAGUCACAACAGCCAAAGUCCCCACCAUGCGCGUGCACCUGCGCAACUCCUCUCCACACGCCUUCACAAUCCUGACCUGGGGCACCCCCUUGGACGCCACCGCGCUAUCCCAGCAGAUCUUCACUUUCACGCCGCUCGACCUGGCCGCGCCCAAAGUCUCCGUGCCCAACGUCCAAAUCUCGCGCGUACAACCGCCUCCACGCGCUGACUUUCUCGAGAUCCCGCCCCAUAAGGAAGUCGUCAAGGAUAUCCCCCUGACAGAGAAAUGGAUCCCACGAACCAAGUUGCGCAUCGGUGCGACGGGGCGCUGGCACGCAGUGUGGGAAAAGGCGCUGAAGGAUAUGCCCCGCGGCGAUCUGGACAAGCUGACGAACUCUAUGCGGGAUGAAUUUCAUGUGCGAGAGGCAGAGUUUGAUCUGAGUGUGCAAAGGCCCGGGACGCCGGCGGAGGCGGCGAAGGGACCGGGUGGGGAGGGGAAGAUUGUUGACCCUGAGGCGAAGAAGGUCGAAGAUGAGGAAGGGAAGUAUGGAAAGGGUGAAGGGCUGUUGAUAUGACGCGGUGCGAUAGCAUUAUUUGUAUAUAUUGACGUGACAAGGUCGGCGGCAUGGUAAAUAUGGACAGAAUCCUUAUAGUUAAGUCAUUCGCACGUCGUUUCUCGAUUUUGUCAG